CUCACCGCGACGAUGGCUGACGAGACGAUGGUCGAAGCACCUGCCACCACUGUAGAUGCUGAAUCUGCUGCGACUUCUGUGACUGACGUCGUCAUGAAUGAAGGCGAAGAAAAGAUAAAACUCGACAAAGCCGUUCGCCAGAUCGAGUUUUACUUUGCCGACUCCAAUCUUCCCUAUGACAAGUUUAUGUGGACACUACACGCCAAGGACGCCGAACACUGGAUACCUCUCAACGUUGUCACAUCUUUCAAGCGGAUGCGCGAGUAUGCUCAUCUGCUUGCUAAGAUACCAGAUGCCCUCCGUGCCAGUGAGCUUCUCGAGGUGGACGAGGCCGGGAAGCAGGUUCGACGACGGACGGAGCCCAAGGAACCGGUGGGGCAGUUCGAACGUAGCAUCUAUGCAAAAGGAUUCGGCUCCGAGGAUGAAAAUCCGAAACUCCAAUCGCGGCUAGAGGAUUUCUUCCAGUUCUACGGGAACACAAACGAAGUGCGCAUGCGCAGAGAUGAGGCGAAGAAAUUCAAGCAUUCCGUCUUUGUCGAGUUCACAGAGAUGAGUGGCGUCGAGGCGUUUCUCAAUGCCGACCCAAAGCCGACGUGGGAAGGGAAGGAUCUGGUGAUCAUGUCCAAGGAAGAUUAUUGCCAAAUGAAAGUGAAAGAAAAAGGUCUCACGGGAAAAGCGGCCCAGUUCCGCAAGGACCUCAUCACGCGCCGGAAAUUCGACGCGUUCAAAAACAUGCGUAACGAGAAGAAUACGAAUGACAUAGCGAAGGAGGUGGAGAAGAAGGACAUCUACCUCGAGUAUCUCGGCGCCAAGCUGCUCGUCACCCCAGACAGCAAGGGUGUUGGCACGGUGAAGGAGGAAGAGAUUCCUUUCGUAAAGGGCGCGACUUUGAAGUUUGAGGGGGACUUUGACAAUGUCUCAUUUAACGCGGUCAAGCAACCGAUCCGGGACCUUUUCGAAGGCCAGACCCCGUUCAUCAGGUACCAGCGCGGCGACCAUCACGGUCUCGUUGGGUUCAGCAAAGCUCUGACCGACGAGGACAUUGCCAAAGUCAAAGACGGAUUCAAAAAGCUGGAGGACAAAGACCUCACCUGGUCCAUCAUUGGCGAGGAAGAAGAAAAGACUUUCCAAAUUGAACGUGCUCAGUCCGCGGCUCGUUCAGUCCUUCGGUGCUCGGAGGAAGGCGGGCCGAUACGGGGUAGAGGGCGAGGCGGAGCGAGGGGUGGUGGUCGUGUUCGCGGUCGCGGCCGUGGCGGUCGGGGUGGUCGUGGUGGUCACGGCAGACGGGAGAACGACAGGAAGGAUGCAGGUGGAGAAGACGCCGGCCCGGAGAAAGCUGGAGAAAAGCGGAAACGCGCCGUCGAACCUGAUGGCGGCCCGGAUGUUGGCGUACGCGGAGUUGGCGCCCCACCCGCCAUCCAGAGCGCCAAAAAAAUUAAGACGGACGAUGGAGGGGCUGCACCUGCGUCGUGAGCGGUUGUUUUGCAUAAAUCCAAGUUAAUAUCAUCAGUUAUAUAAAAGUAAGUUUGUAGCAGUCAUGAUCCUUAUGUAUAUUCUGUGCAAUCUUGUACUAUUUACCUGCUCAAUACAGAAUGCAAUGCCUACAUAUCAAGGAC